UGCUUUCUUCAUCCCCGCCAAGCUCGUCGUCGGCUCAUGCAAUUGAACCUUCACUCUGUGUCUCUGUAUAUAUAGAGCUCUGUUCUUGAGAUGCAUAUUGAAUAGCAUUCUCAGAGGCUUCCGAGUUGUACUUCUGUUGAGCUUCCUCUCUAUUUCUUAAUUUGCAGAGAAACGUUUUGGGUUUGGGGAUUAGCUAUAAUAGAGAGGAAGGCGAACGGGGAAGGCAAGCGUUUGGAUACCGAGAAAAGGCGAGAAAAGACAAAAGUAAGGAAAGAGUCUUUGAAUGAGGGAAAAUUUAUUGCUCUCGUGGCUGAUUAUAAUUUGGAGCGGCGGAAGAUGUCGAACAUCCCCACUUCCCUCUCCGAAGUCUGUCUCACUCUCUUCCGCUUAGCCAUGUCCAUCGCCGACCCUUGGCCCUUUUCUUAAAAACAACAAUCGAUUUUCUUUCACUUUCUCUCUUGCCAAACACUCUCUCUCUGUCUCUCCUUUUGUGAAUUUUCUGUCUUACCAAACAAAACUUCGAAGUUUAGCCCAUGAAGAAAAUCCGGGGCUUCAAGCUUAAAAGCCGGGUCACCAAACUUUUCCGCUACGUACUCAGGCGGGCUUCCGGCUACGGGCGGCUGGACCCGCCGGUCCGAGAGGAGAGAUCCAUUUCCAGGCUGUUGAGCUGCCUCAAGACAAAGGCGAAGUCCCUCUGUUCGGCGAAUCCGGGCCGGGGCUACACCCGGUUAGGCAAGGAGAAGCCCGUGGCGGUGCCGAAGGGGCACAUGGCUGUGUACGUCGCCGAGAAAGGCGGCGGCGGCGGCGGAGGAGGAGGAGGAAGAGGAUUCCACCGGUUCUUAGUGCCGGUGAUUUACUUCAACCACCCGCUAUUUGCGGAGCUGCUGAGGGAGGCAGAAGAGGAGUUCGGGUACAACCACCCGGGUGGGAUCACCAUCCCUUGCCGGGUCGCCGAGUUUGAGCAAGUCCAGACCCGGAUCGCCGCCGUAGGCCGUCGCCGGAAGUUGCUGACGUGGACGAAGGGCUGAUCAUGGCCGUUGGCGAAGAUGAUGAGGACCCAGCAGAUCAUAAUCACGAGUAGUUGAUAUUAAUUAUGAUGUUUAGACCCUUUUUCUCAAUGCAUAAGAGACUUGUCCUUUUCUCAUUUUGCGUUUACACUUACAUUGUAUAUCUGUAAAUUUUUAAUAUAUAAUUUUUAUUAUUUUUUGGAUGUA